GCGCAAGACACGGAGUGACGUGACGAAUCCCGGGACCAGAGGAGGAGUAGGGGGAGGUGCAGGAUACCUAUAGUCUUGUGUGGGCUACUAGUGUGGGGGUGCAGACAGACGAUUUUGUGGUGGGAGCGGCCGGAGACAAGGUGUUGCCGGCUAGGAAGUGGGCGGUAGACGAGUCCAGGGCGAGGAAAUAGGCCGCCCCCAAGAAGUUCACCAGAUCUUGGAAGUUGCGGGUUCGGGGCGCAUCGUGCUACUGCUCGACUUGCCGAAUAGGCUGCUACGAUGACUGCAUGGUAGCGAAGGUGUACCCCGACUUGGUUGGCGAGGUGAUGGAGAAGUCGGGAAAAGAGAUGGUUGGGAGACGCACGCUUGGGACUCAAUUGACCGGCGUUAUUCUUCCGGUCAUAUCUUCGGACGAGUCCCCAGUGGCGCCUACGCUUGACCAGAGCAUGGGGGAGGGGGAGGAGGGGGAGGAGGACGAGGACGAGGACGAGGACGAGGAGGUGGAGGAGGAGGGGGAGCGGGAGGAAGCGCAAUACAUACGCUCAAGAGGUCGCGUACGUAUCGCGAAGAAGAGGUUCCCGGAGGUGGGCUAG